AUGCUGCCGUACCUGUUCCCCGAUCUGUCCACCUUUACUACAGUCGCCGAUCUUAUCACCCACCUUCGCACUAGUGAUGCUCGCCUGCGUGCCGCUCUUCCCACCGAGUUCUGCGCUAAGAACCCCCCUCCACUGUACUGGACACUCCACUUCAUAGUCACCCGUCUCCCUGACACCCUCCGCUCAGUUCGAGACCACUUCCUUGCUCGCUGUCCCACUGAGCUCACAGUCGCCCUCCUAGAGGAGCACCUGCUCGCGGCCGAAAAGAGCAUUGUAGCUGUCGGUGCUGCUCGUGGCGCUCCUCGCACCCCCAUCUUUGAGGGGUGUUCUCCCUCUCCCCUCGCUCCCUCCUACGCUGCUGCUGCUGCUGUUGACUUCCUUGGUGCUGAGUCUGUUGGCGCUGCUUCUACUCCUGGUGGGAGGCGCCGCACCGGCAAGGGCAAGGGGGGCAAAAGUGGUGGUGGUGGCGCUGGGGGGGGAGGAGGUGGGGGAGGUGGGGGGGGAGGCGGUGCUGGAGGGAGCGGUGGCGGGAGCGCUGGUGGGAGUGGGGUCGGUGGUGGAGACGGGGGCGGCGGAGGAAGCAGUGGCAGUAGUGGCGGCGGUGGCGGCGGUGGCGGUGGUGGCGGUGGUGGCGGUGGCGGUCGGAGCGGUGGUAGUGGUGGCGGCGGAGCUCAUGAGGGCUGGUGUUGA